CAAUCUUCCAUCCUGUCACCACCACUAUAAGAGCCAGCGCCAUCCAGAAUAAUCCUAGGAGACCAUCAGGGGAGUAAGGAUUCGUGAGCAUCCUCCUCCAAACCUGUAUCAGGAAAAGAUGUUUCAGCUUUGGAAACUUGUUCUCUUGUGUAGUCUGCUCACUGGGACAUCAGCAUCGCUUCUUGAGGAGCUUAGCGAAGACCUGAAAAAUGUUAUCGAUAAAGGACGUGAUACCUUUGGCGACUCAGCUGAUGCUAUUGUCAAAAGACUGAAGGAUGACAUUGACAAGUUUCAGGACUCCAAGAUUGGACAAUUGUCUGAGCAGGCGUUACAGAAAGCUGAUGAGCUGUUCGCUAAAGCCGUUUCUAAAGUCCUUUCAUUUAAGGAUAAACUUUUGGGGUUGAAAAUCCAUAAUACCCACUUCUUGGGUAUCAAACCUACAGUCAAUCCUGAUGGCAAAAGCCUUAACCUGACCCUCCCCAUUGGCGCUGAUGUCGAAUUGAGCCUUCCUUUUAUUGACAAGAGAGUUGACCUGAAUGUUUCUGUGGACCUCCUGAGUGGUGUCAGAAUUGAAACCCAGGAUGGCAAAUCUAAAGUUGUCCUCACAGAAUGUACCAGCAAUCCAGACAGCGUCUCGUUGACUUUGGUUGACAAUCAGAGUAAACUGGCCAACACACUCGUAAGAUCUGCGACCAGCUUGGUGAGUGACACCUUGUCCAUCCUGGUGGAGAAACAGGUAUGCCCACUGGUUCGCUUGUUUGUUGCCAGCAUGAGUGUGGAGUUUCUUCAGAAUGCCAUCGAUAAACUUCAGAAAGAACAGAAGUCGGGACCGUCUGAAUGAAGAGGGCAGAUGAGGAGGACCGCUCUGACAUUCCCGGCUGAUUCAUUCCCCGUUGUUCAGCUGUGUUUCCUCAUAGCAUCUCCCUCUGGGGAGAUGCCGCCACCAUCCAGCUGGAGUGGAAGCCUGAGUCCAGUCAGAAAGAUCCUUCUCAGUUCCUCCUUGGCUUUACAAUCAAGACAGAGCUCUCUAUGCUUGUCACCAUCCACCCUUAGCAAUAAAGGCUACUUCUGCAUCCUC